AAAAUUUCACGCGGAUGUUCCACCGUAUGGCCGCCAUGCUGCGUCCCGUUGAGGCCCCCAAGCGGCGAAUGACGCUGCUCUGACUCCAUGUUGGCCACUGCCUCUGGGCGGUUGCACUGCAAGGGACUUCCGUUGCCUCCCGAAGGUCAAAGCAAAGAGAACCAGGACUGGGAUUUGCACCCAAAUUCCCAGCCCUGGGACUACCACGAUCCGGUUGAACAGGUGUGUUUUUCCAGAGGUGCGGUGACUGCGCCCCAUCGAGUUGUGGGGUACGAGGAGACGCCUGAAGAUAUCUUCGAAGCACGCGUGCGUGACGGCCGCGAAGGAGAUCUAGUGCGAGUGUGGUGUGAAUACGUCCAAUGGACCGCCGAGAACAAGCAGAGCGACGACGAGCUGAGUGUACUUGCUCGGGCUUGUUACGCCCUGGCAGGGGAUGCAAAGCACCAAAAUGACAUUCGACAUCUCAGACUCUGGGUGCGACAUGCUGCGCAUAUCUCUGAAGCUGAGAAAGUGUUCGACUUUCUGGAGGCUGAAGGCAUCGGGCAGCAGCAUGCGCUGCUCUACGAGGCCUGGGCUUCGCACCUGGAGCGGCAGCGGAAGUUUGCGGAGGCCGAAGAGCAGUACCAACUUGGCUUGCAACGGAAAGCAGAACCGCAGGAGCGACUUCAAAGUCGUUACCAAGAAUUCCAGCGUCGAAUGUGCAAGCGCGCUGCUCGCAAAGGUCCCAAGCAGCCGCGGCCCAGCUCCGAGCGAAGCUCCGAACUCUUAGGGGUCCCGCCUGCUGUGGAGCCGCCCUUGGCGACGGCGACGGAGCACUUUGCGGUGCAUGAAGACACGGCCCUGCAGCCAUGUGAGGAUGAAGUGGAAUUGCCGGUGCAUGACCAAGUCUUCAUUCCCAUCCCCGCGCGCACCUUAGCCGUGGAAGUGGAGCUGCCAGCAACACAAAGGCUGGUGCGGAAUGAGGAGGUCCCAGCCGCACCGCGGGUUCUGGCGCGCAUUGGCAGCACAGCAGAGUGGAAGGCAGGCAGCAGCGCAGCAUGGCCAUCACGUGGGAUGAGUGGAAGACGAUCCUCACAGGCAUCCGAGAGAAGUGAGUCUCGUGCUUCUCUGCACUCUGGAAAUGUCACCAGCGACACCGUGGGCCUCCGCUCCCUGCUGGCGGAGAGCGGUCGCCGGUCGGACCGGCGCAGCUCCUGCGGAGAGAUCUUUGAGGAUCCGACCUACACGGCCGAGCUGGCGCAACGAGAGAUCCUGGCCCUCUUCGCCACCGACACCGAAGCGGCCGCACCGCGUGGUGCUCUGCGGCACCUGGGGAAUGGUGGAGGCAAUCGCGAUGCGCGCGAAGCUUCACCGAGGAGGCCUUCCAGAUCUUCCAGUGCCUUUGAGAUCUUCGAGGAGACGGACGACCUUUUCGGACGCUAAUUGGCGCGGGACGCCGUACGUGGGUGGAUGCAAGGAGCAAAA